CUGAUCGCAGCACGCUGAGACGACAGUGAUGGCAGGCAAAAUCGCUUUGCCACUCCAGCAACUCAUUUCAUCACUGGACAAUACGUGUCUGCCAAAGAUCCUGCAGGUUGUCUCUGGAGUUUAUUUUCAAGGGUCUGUGUAUGAACUCUCUGGGAGUGAAGUUUCCUUUUCGACGGGGGAUCUAAUAAAGGUCACUGGCAUUGAGCUUCACUCUGUGAGCUGUAACGAUGUCAGCAGCAAUGAGACGUUCGAGCUCCCCAUCAACCACACAGGCCUGUUCAAGGUGGUUCCAGAGAAGAUGCCGUACAGUACACUAGAGGAGAUGUUGAGUCUGAGGCCUGUGGGCCUGGAUUCCUGCCUGCCCUUCACUUUCACCAGCCGCUCCAAGAUAACCAUUGACAAUUUCACACUGGGAGCUGGGAGGGCUUUGACUCUGCUCUGCAUUGAGCAUCACGAGGGUAAGGAGGACCAGGUCCGCUGCCAGAUACAAGGACAACAGGAGGCCUUAGCAGAAGUGUGUAUCCCGCUGUCUGCCCGAGGGGAAUUCUGUGAGUGUGAGAGCGACGAGUGCUUCACCCUGCAGAAGAUCCUGUCCUCCGAUGACCUGCGUACCCGAAGGUUCCGCCUCCUCAAUCCCACUAAAUGUGACCGGUCAUUUGUCAUCAGUCCCAUUUACCAGGUCCACGCCCUCAUGGACUUGAGGAAGGAUGCGCUGAAGUUUCCGUCCAGCUUAGAGGUGGAUGUGAUCGAUGUCACAGAGCUGUGUAAAGAUGUUAGUUUUGUGACCCCGCUCAGUCUGACCGAAGUCCUCUCUGAGCCGGAUGAAUCGUUCCCUUCAGUCGUGGAGAUACAGGAACCUCCGGUGUCCCACUCUCUGUUCAAGUGCAGCUGGCUGACAGCGCUAAGCAAGAGCAAGCGACUGGUUUUCCACAAGACAGGAACCUCAGCCAUGGUUCUGUUAUCGAGCCUGAAGAGCCGCAAGGUGCAGCAGUACUUCCUGGUGUCUCAGCAGUACGGCGGACGUUUUCGGAGACGGCCAAGAGAGUUUCACUCCGUGUACGAGCUGUAUGUCGCUUCAAUCCAGACGCCAGGCCUGAGGGUCAGUGUGACGAGGAACUGCGAGGAGGUGGAGGAGGAGGGUGUGCCUGCCCUCAGUGUGGGGGAACAGCUGGAGGUUGUUCGCUGUGAAACAAUGGAGCUGCCACUUGGAAUCAGCCAAGUAGGGAAGCAAUCAGUAGACGCUCUAUUGUGUCAUCGUCUCCAAGAGCCAGAUGAUGGAGAUGAUGGAGAUGAUGAGGAUGAUGAGGAUGAGGAGGAUGAUGAUGAUUAUAUCAAUGAAAACAAGGCCGCACAGGAAGAUAAGAAAGAGGAGCUGUCUCUGCCUCUGUACAUGCAGGGUCACUUUGUGGAGGUACUCACAGACAACAAGAGGUACAAACUCAGGGAUUUGGGAAAGCACUUUUGUUUGCCGCUGGAUGUUAAAGUGGUGAGCCGUGACACCGGACUCGAGACUGAUCCACUGGUUGGCCUAGCAGGUCUCAGAAUAGAGGGGGCCAUGUUAGAGCCCACCAUCCAGGCCAGCUUCCCAAACAAGCCAGACCACUGUUUUCAGAUCCCAACCCAGUGGGUCUCUAUGUCUGUCUCUUACACCAAGGAGCCUUUGCCGUGGCCCAGCGACGAGUCCCCUAAAUGCCACGUGGACAGAGUUACCGAGGUGACAGACUCAUUCUUUUAUGAAUUUCGCAAACGGGGCAACACAGACGUAGCUCCUCCUCCUCGACCACCAAAGCGAAAUCUGCCUUCUGUAGACCCUCAUAAAAAAACAUCAAAAUCUCAGAAGAAAUCCUCCAAGGGCAUCAAAUCCCACCAAAGAGCCGAUGACAGUCCCAGUGCCCCAAGCAAAGAGUUGGCCAACUUGACUUUGAAUACCAAAAGAAGGCCCCCAGCUCCGCCACCUCCAGACAUCCCAGAGGAUCAGCCCCCACUGCUUGCUCCCCGAAAGCACUUGGCAGCAGAAAUGACGACAGGUAAAGCACCGCUGAACAACUAUGUGAAAAUGGAGGAAACUGUGAAGAGAGUGCCACUGAUGGAGUGCACAGCAGAUGUGGACAGUGACCAUGACUAUGAAACCAUGGAUGAUUCUCUGGUGGAUCUGCUGAAGAAAGCACAAGAGACUGCCUUGUACUUCUAAAAAAUGACAUUCAGAAGUUUUUCUUCCGUCUUGAAUUAUUUUAUGAUAAUGUAGCUAAUAAUAAGUCAAAUAUACAGACUUUUUUUUUAACCUACGAUUUAAGUGUACAUGAUUUAAAUGACAUGCCGAAAAUGAUUGUUUGUAUUUAUUUAUCAAUCGCGUAUCUUUGAGGUGUGUAGUUUCAGUCAUCCUGAGGUGUAGAUGCAGAAUACUGAGGUCAAAGAAAAGCACACGUGUAGAGCAGGUGGUGAUCAGUGAUAAUGUUGGCAGCAGUUUUCUUCUCACACAAACAGUUGUUGUUGAGACACCAUCUUAGAUUUUUAAAUCCAAAAAGGAAACAUUUAGUCCCUUUCACCAUGUGUUGAUUUUAUGGGGCCAAAGAUUCAGCUGCAGAGUAGAGUAAAUCCACAUUGUAUUGAUUUGUUUCACUAUAUUUGCAUUUAUUCUAAAAGUCAUUUCCUGUACGUGCAAACCUAACACAGAGGGUUUGAUGCGAGGCCACUGUUAACCACAAUGGUAACAAAAUGGCAACUGCGUGUUCUCACAAGUUCAUGGGUUCUGUUGUUGCUUGCAGUACCGGAAGCUCCCACUAAUAAA